AUGAUAGAAAAUGCCAGAGGGCUGGGAUCUCAAGAUGGAAGAGCUCUGGAGAGUUUGCAGGUCCAGCUGCUGGGUCAGUUCAACUGUCUUAUUAAUCAAUUGGAACAUCCACAAAGUAAUCUUCCCGCUGAUCAAAUUAAAACCUGCCUAGAGAGAUUGAAGGACCUGACUCUGAAACCUGAAGAAUCUCCCACCCUGAAUUUUGAGGCUGAUGUCCCUUCGCUCCGCCAAGCCAUUACAAACUUUGGGGCUAUUAAAACAUUGGUUUCAGAUUCUGAGUGCAAGAGUCCUUGCACCAUGGCAGCUGAUCUGGAUUACUGCUUCGUACCACUGCUGACAAAGAAAUCCUUUCCCAGUGGGAAUGAAUGCCCAAUUGCUGACUGGCUGUGUAGUCCUCCUACACGGAUGCCAGUCUUAAACCUGCAGGAUUGCCUGCUGAAACAGUCUGGCCAGGGAUCACCACUAAAUCAGUUUGCAAUGGAUUCAGACCCUUAUAAAUUGCCAGCCUGGGGGCAUCAACAGGGCCUUGAGAACUGGCUGCUUCCCAACCAGCAAAAGAGUCACCCAGCUGAGAAUGUUGCUGCUCAACAACACACCCAAACUGUCACCAGCUGUAACCUGAGCCCGAAAGACCUAGGCUACUACAGAAUGCAAGCUUGGGGUCAUCGUCAGGGCCUCGAGCACUGGCUUCUUCCAGACAAGCAGAAUGUUGACACAAUUGAGAAGAUCAGUGUUCAGCAACAUCCUAGUUCCAAUGAUGAAAAAGCAAUCGAUCUGAAUUACUACAGAUUGCAAGCCUGGGGUCAUCGACAGGGCCUUGAGCACUGGCUACUUCCUGAGAAGCAGAAAUCUAGUUCUCCCAAGAAUACCCCUCCACGCCAGCACAGUGAGUCAUCUGAUAGUUCUUCCACCUUUGAGCUGAUAGAGGAAUAUGGUAUGGAGGUUUCAGAUCAAGAAUUGGAAGAGGCAAGCCCAACUUCUGGAUCAGUAAGUGUCACUGAUGUGAAGAACACAUGUUCUCAUGGCAGCAUCAGUGAAGAAAAGUGGAAAUCCAUAACUCAGCCUUUCAGAGAGAAGUUUACCACCAAUGAAUGGCUUUUGAAACCAAGUAAGUCUGAAUCUUGUGGUAGCUGCUGUGGCGUUCAGACAAAAGCAGUAGAGAUAGAAAACCUUGGCAAGCUGAAGUGCCUGAGUGAGCACCAUAGUGCCAAGAAGCCAUCGCCAACUUCACCAAACAGUGCCCGCCAUCUUCAGCCACUGUCGCCAAUCCGAGUGGCAGAUGUGUGUAAAGCCAAUGAGCAGUGCAGCAGUUUCUCAGAGUGUGUGUGUGGCCGGAGUUGUGAAAAAGAAGCAGUCAAUGAGUGGCUACUUAAACAAGCAGGAAGAGACAAGAAUGGUGUGCAGAUAGAGCAGCCAAACAAACGCAAUGCAGAGCAGCAGAAGAUCGACUUAGACCAGUGGCUGCAUCCCCAGUCAAAAGUCACAAAAGAAUCUGAAUUGUCUGUCAACAAUCCUGUGAAAUCACCUGAAGCUCUGAAGUCAAAGGCUGCAGUUGACACUGUACCCAAGGACACGGAGAAGGGAGCUGAGCAUGAAGUAGAGAAUAAAUUUUUGUUGCGCAAGAAAGCACACGAACUGAAUGGUAUUCCUGAAGUAUCCAGUCUUUUGUCAAAUCUGAACCUUGCUGUCAACCGAGAGAAGCUUCCUACAAAGGAGCAAUCCAUGUCGUUUGGCAACCUGUUUGCUCACUUUAAGGAACCAUUUGACCCUGAGAAAUGGCUGUACAAAGGUCCACGUCGGCUUUGAGCCACCAGUGCUAAAGAUGAAUUGGCUGACCUACCUUUGGAACCACAUCAGACUCGCACUUACUCCCUCUGAGAUUCUGCUCAAUCAAAUUCUUGCUUCUGCCUUGAAGACUACUGUGUUUAAAUUCUUUUUGUGUGUGAGUUGUCCUGUGAAACUGGGUGUAGACAGCAUGGUAGGGAAGUCACUGUAAUCGGAUCAGUGUUUUCCUCUCUUCCUCCAACCCCACACCCAUCCCACUUAGAAAAGUUGUCAUUUUCAACUUUGAUAUGUAGCUUAUUCUACUGCUGAGACCCGUGGGGCAUGGUGCACAAUGCUGUUAUGUGGUCUAACCUACUGCAUUAAUUAACUUUGUAUUCAGGGCUCUCUUGUGAAUUUGAUUGGCUGUGAUGCUAACUAUACUUGGUUGCAAGCAGUCUAGAAUGCAAGAGGAUGAGAUUGGUGUAUUAAUGAUCUACUCUUGGAUGCCUUUAGCAAUGUUUGCUAUUAUCUAAUACUUGGAAGAGUAUAUGUGAUGGCCUUGCUAUAAACUAGGCAUUUGAGUAGACACAGUAAAUGUUCAUGGCGGAACAUUGGGAGCACAUCAGUCUUUAUGUUGACAGGCCAAGUAUAAAAUUGCUGAGCGAGGUACCAGCUGUCUCUUAGUCUGCAAAUAUAGCCAAACACUUUUUGAUCAUAAGAGAUAAUCCGGGCCAGUGACUGAACCUCAAAAUCUGCUGUGAGAUGAUAAACCCGUUUCACAGCAAGUUAGUACACUGUUCAUUGUUCUGAAUCUUGUCCAUUUGUGUUGAAGCUGCGAGUUGGCAGGUUGGAGGUGAUUGGCAUUCCCCUAUACCAGUUUACCUUGUACUGUUAAUAUGCCGUUGUUAUGGUUUGGAACAGAUUUUACUUUUGGAUCUCUUGAUAUAGGGAAACUUCAAUUCACAUGUUUCAGGAUUUGAUUUCCUUGCCAACAGAAAUUGAAUUUCAAAAGGGGCUGCUGCAACACAGCAAUCAGUUGUUAGAAGUUUAAAUAUUGUGUACAAGUAUACAGUGAUUAUAACUGAAUUCAAAAUUCCUCUUUUUUAAUUUUCCUGGGGUGUUUGAUAAUCCAUCUCACUUGUUUUAUUGUUCACCUUUUUAGUUUAAUCUUUAACUGAAAUUCUGAUCAUAUGACUAUUGACCCUAAUGGGAUGAUUCAUUUGAAAGUAUAUCAGUUGAUCCUUAAUCCAGGGGAUGAUGUUUAAAGAUAUUGGCUGUUACAAUACAGCAAUUGAAAUAUAAAAUUUACAAAUUUUAUUAGUGAUUCCUAGAAUUUAUUUUAAUGGAUGUUUUGGAUUAAAUGCUUGUUAUUUUUAAGUAAUUGACCAUGGAAGGGAGGAGAAAGAUCUAGCAAUAUGAAGUGCAUGUGGAAAGCUGCCAGUUGCAGUGAUAUUCUCUUGUCACUUUCACUAACUGAAAGAAGGCAUUGGGCCAGCUACUGAUGGGUCAUUCUGUUGCCGCUCAAUUUGUGACCCCUUCAGUCUCGUCCUGGUGAAUGUUUUGAAUCGGGAUUCUUCAGAUGGGUUUGUGGUUGGAUCUGCCAGCAUCCUGUAGAGCUGAAGGACAGAUGGAUGGCAGUUACCCAAAGGUGUUGAGAUUACUGCCCUGUCACUAUAUAUACAGGUUGCAGCCACUUCACUCCAGUGAGUGCGUGUCCUUAGCACACAGCAUUUUAUAUCUUUUAAUUGAUAUCUACAAAUAAUGCUAAUUUGAAUUUAAAGGAAUAAACUCUUUUUGUUCUGUUCUUUGGUCAAAUUGUUUGAGGAUUUAAUCUGUUUUAACAAUUGUAUGAUUAAUAACCCAACCUCAAGUCUUUUGAAGUAUGGUGGUGUAUAUGUGCUUUAGAGGGUUAUGUCAUCCUUCUGGUGCAACACGAACCCAUAUAAGCUCUUUAUUACAAACUAUUUCAUUGUAGUCACCAGUCCUUCUAUUUACUUUUGAUUACAAACAGAAGUGACUGAACUAAAUUAUAUUCUUCCUUUAUGAAUUUUAAAAACUUACCAAGACAUUUGUUUCCGGUUGAUCUUUAAAAGUAUGUAAUCAUCUCAAUAAAUUGCAGCAAAACCUAA